UGAAUCUUGGCGAGAAACAUAUUUUGAAAUCCUUUUUUUUUUAAUCAUGUUUGUGAUGCAAGCUUUUAUUCUGAAAACCAGAAAUAUGUAAUUUUUUUUUCUUCUGGCAAGCGUGACAGAGGUCUCGAGCAGUACGCAGGUGCCACCAUCAGUACACACGAUGACAGAGAUGGUCUCUUUGGUGCGGUUCUCGCUGCUCGGCCUCAUCCUGGUCCUGCAGGUCUCCAGAGCUCCAGCCCGCAGCCCCCGCACGGCCGACCAGGUGUCCGAGGCCGACAUCCAGCGGCUGCUGCACGGCGUCAUGGAGCAGCUGGGCAUCGCUCGGCCCAGAGUGGAAUAUCCUGCACACCAGGCCACCAACAUAGUCGGGCCUCAGAGCAUACAAGGUGGUGCUCACGAGGGGCUGCAGCACCUCGGCCCCUUUGGCAACAUCCCCAACAUUGUGGCUGAGCUGACUGGCGACAAUGUCCCCAAAGACUUCAGUGAGGACCACGGAUACCCGGACCCUCCCAACCCCUGUCCACUGGGAAAGACAGCAGCAGACGGCUGUUUGGAAAACGCUCCGGACACGGCCGAGUUCAGCCGAGAGUUUCAAAAACACCAGCACCUGUUUGACCCGGAGCACGACUACCCGGCGCUGGCCAAGUGGAAUAAGGAGCUUUUGUACCAAAAACUGAAGGGAGGACCGAAAAGAAGAAAAAGGAGUGUCAACCCGUAUCUAAUGGGCCAGAGGCUGGAAAAUGUGGUCGCCAAAAAAUCUGUUCCUCACUUCUCUGAGGAAGAGGAGGAAGAGGCACCGACCGUCUCUGCUGCCGGCAAAACCACCACCUAAACUCCUGCAACAAUCACCGUUAUAUUUAUGUAGUACUCUCAGAUACAAGUUUUUAACACUACAUAUUUAAGCAUUUUGGUACACAAGCAAUAGAUUUGUGACUUCACUGACAAUGAAAUAAGAAAGCAGAGAAAAGAGAAGCAGCUUGAAAAUUGUUCAUGCUUUUUUUUAUUGUAUUGCAAUCUCAUUAAUUAGCCAAGAUCUUGUCUUGAUAUUCACUAAUUAGGCACAACAUGCUGUAUAUCUGUCUUACAACUGGUGCUCUUAUUUUUAACAUACAGGCUUAAGUAGAAUAGAAAUAGAAAAUACUUUGUCUGCUUUUCAUGUACAAAAGGCCGUGAUUUGUCUUUGGUUUGCGUGUGCAGAAACUGCUAUUAAAAGGAUACAAAGCACACAUAUCACAUCCAGACAGGACACAUU